AGCUGAGUCAUUACAGUUCUUCCUGCAGGAAGGAAAUAGCAUGAAAACAUCAAGAACUGCUCUCACAAUAGGACAAAAAUAUAUUCCAGCCUGACAGAAGGGAAACUAGGACCUUAAACCAGGUGAAGUAUGUCUAUUGGAAACAAAGACACAGCAUGUCCAGAGGCAGCAGCUGUUUAUUUCUCCAACUCUUUGAUGAGUGAUGUGGAAGCCGACUGGUCUCCGAUUCACGAUGCAGCCUUCAAUGGAAACGUUCUCCGUCUGCAAAGACUCAUUGAUCAGGGAACGUGUGUAAAUCUAAACACUCUGGACCAAGUCUCUCCCCUUCAUGGAGCAUGCCUGCAGGGCCACGCAAACUGUGCCAAGCUUCUGGUGGAAAACGGAGCAAAUGUUAAUAACACAACUGUAGAUGGACGCACUGCAUUAACAGAAGCUUGUGCCAGGGGCCACGUGACCUGCGUCUCUCUGCUUCUCCAGCAUGGAGCGACCCCCCGGGGCAUCAGCCCGACCAGUUCGCCAAUCCACUCGGCUGCAGCUAAGGGUCACCCUGAGUGCAUUGAAGCGCUUGUUGAGUACAGAGCAGACGUGGAUCAGGAUAUCGAUUCAUUAGGGUCUCCUCUCCAUGUUGCGUGCUCCAAUCAGCAACUGAGUUCAGUGAAGAAACUCCUUCAGCUCGGUGCCGAUGCUAACAAGGGCGCUUCUGGUGACUCUCCCCUGCAUAUCGCUGCACGUCUGUCCAGCCCUGGGUUGGUUUCUGCCCUCCUCGACCACGGAGCGGACCGGCUCCUGGUGAACUCAGAGGGCAAGCGGCCUCUGGACCUGGUUCCUCCUGACAGCCCAGUGGGGCGACUGCUAAGAGACCCAGGAGCAGUGUCUCCUUUAAAGCAGCUGUGCCGGCUGUGCGUCAGGAAAACUGCGGGGAAGCACAGGCUGGGUGGGAUUCCUGACCUUCACCUCCCCACUCAGCUGAUACAGUAUCUGCUCUACCAAUCAGAGCAGAGGGAUGCUCACAAACACUGAAAUCACUUCCAUCUUUCAACCCCAAACUCUGAGCCUUUUCACAUUCAGGCCAGCAGGGGGAGAACUUGCACAACCUGGCAGGAUAAUUCCACUAGGAGAGCCUCAGGAUGAGUGUGAACUGAUUCAUUAUGUAAAUAAAGAAACUUCUUGUUGGAAGAUGCUUUUAUAAAAUAUUCAUUAGCAAUAACACAUAUCAAAUGAAAAUAAAAUCAAAGCACACAAACCUCUGAAAGACUAGCUUUAACACAACAUAUAAAUCCUCAUUAAUGUUGCAUUUCUUUCCAUGUUGUAAAUAAAAGCUGGAUUAAAAUACACGAGAUGAAUGUUCCUCGUAAUUUAAAAGAAAAAAAAAUCUAACAAUUAAACCAGAAUACAAUAAAUAAGAGUUCCCAUGUCUCAGGUGAUUUCCUCUGAGUUGGAUAAACAUGUACAGUAUUUAAAAUCUUUAAUGUUUCAUCUACAAGCAUUGCUGCUUGGCUUGAACUACUUGAAAGCAAUGUUUCCAAUUCUGCUCUCUUUUAAUGUGUAGUGCUUGUUGUCUUUUCAUUUUCAACCGUUACUAAGAUGCAUCUUGUUUUGCAAAGUGUCUCAAGAUGACAUUUGUUGUGAAUUGGAAUUAUGCAAAUAAACACAAUUGAAAUUUCA